AAUCAGAGAACAUGUAUUAUAUAUGAUGUUGUAUAUGAUUAUUAUUAUUUAAUACAAAUGACAAAGACAUUAUCUUUAAUUCUUCAACCAUUCAGUAUUCUAUUCAUUAGUUUAGCUUUAAUAAUAAAUCAUUGGAAUUGUGGUGGAUUAUUUACAUCAUGUUUAAGAAAUUAUCAAACCACUUCAAUAUUAUUAAUAUUAUUCUUUUUUCUUGGUAUAAUACUUUUAAUUAUUGCAUUUAUACUUGAUUUAAUAACUAUCUGUUCUGAAUCACUUGAUUCAAAUACUUCAUAUUCUACAAUUCGUUUGAUUAUAUUAAUAUGUGGUUUAAUCAAUAUACUUUUAGCUAUUCUUAUUUAUUCAUUACAAAUAGAUCGUCAAUUUUCUCGUUUAUUAUGUACAAUUGGUAUUGUAUUUGUAAUACAAGUUGCUUUACUUAAUUUAUUAUUCUCUUCUUGUAUUCAUAGAAAUCAUCAUUCUGAACCAAUAGUUCAUUGAAUGAAUGAAUAAUUCUAUGUAAGUUAUUCUGUUUGUAUGUUGAUAUUACAUUCCAUCAAUUCUUUGUUAAGCUUUAAAGCAUCAUGCUUACAUUGUUGUUGUUGUUGUGUUGGUUUUUUUUUUCAUAACAACUACCUGGUUCUAGUUUAUACUUUAUUUCCCACCCUGUCCCACCCCCCAUUAAGCUAUGUAUUUAUAUAUUCUUUUAUAUUAUAAUGCUAGUAUUUUACUUACAAUAUAAAUACUGUUAUAUCUGACUUUUCAUUAUAUAAUCCAUUCUGUUUUAGUGAUCGACUGACAUGAACGAUAUAAAAAAAUAACAACCCAUUAAAGAUCAAAACCUUUGCUAUUUGCUGUUGCACAGCUACUUUUCUCACUUCUAGCUUAGAAUCUUCUUUAUGUGAUUUAGUACAAAGUAGUUAACUAGUGAUAUACUUAAUCUCGACACAAUACUAUCGUUCAUGUUUAAAGCUUGUCAAAUAACAUGUGAAUUUCAAAAAGAAUUUGAAUACUACCAUUUAUUUGAAUUAACAUAGGUUUUUAACCAGAACUAUUUAUUUUUACUAACAGUUAGCUUGACAAAGUUUUAAAUCACAAACUGGCCACUAUUGAAAAUCAGGAAGCAAUGGUAUGAGCCUCCUCAUCAGUCCACGUCUGCGACCUCGCUAUAGAGAUUCAAACUCAGAACUUUCAGUCUGGUACACGAUCGCCUAACCCACAGAUUACUGAACCGACAUCCAUUUGUGUACAUAAUUAAUGUCAGUCUAUUUACAGUAUUGUGCUACCAUGAUACCCUAUUUUGAUAAUAAUCAAAUUAGUUAAAUUAAUCCACUAGACUAAUCUAAGUCAUUCAUUGUAAUUUGGUAACCAAGUCCCGACACAUACAACUAACCUCCAGUCACAUUUUCAUUCUGUAGUUUAAUAAUGCUAUCCAAAAUAAGGUAAAUAAAGUGGUGUUUGUAGAUGCAGUUUAGUCAGUGAGAGCCGCGUAAUUUAAAAGCUGGUCCACUCAGACAGAUUUCGAAUAAUAGAAACUUUUAUUUAUGGACUAUAUAGUAUGCCUACGUUGUCUUAUUUGAGUGAAUACAUUCAUAUCAUCCAUAUACUAAAAACUUACCUUAUCUAAAUAAUUAGAUUCAUUCAUGCUCUUUUGUUUACAUUUGUCUUUAUGAUAUAAACCUCUCUCCGUAAACAAAGUAUAUCUUAGAUGAUUUAAUACUGUCUUGAAACAUUAUGACAGCGUCUCAAAAAUGAAAAAUGUCUCUUACCGAACCGAAGGACUCGAUAUAUGUGAUGUCCUCUUUUUGCUUCUUUCCCAUCUCUCUCAAAUCUUGUACUAAGUAGAAGAUACUUCAUUCGCACCUAACUUUCAUCAGCUCAUCAUGGUUUAUAGGGUUAAACAAAAUUCACAAUGAAUCGAGUUUAUACAUAUGGCCAGUUACAUUCAACGUACAAUCCGGAACAAAUAUGUACCACCCCAAGUUCUUAGAAAUGAGAUAUUAAUGUUGUUAUUGUGUAACCUUUUAAAACAAAAUCGGUUAACUGAGUACAGAUGAGAUAAUAAGUAAGGAUGAAUGAUUAGUAUCAAGAGAGGAGUUGUGUUGUAUCCUAGUAAAGAUUAAGUUACGGGUAACUUUUGUGAACUAUUAAUGGACUAAUAUAAUCUAUACAUUCUUAUGGUAUAACUAUUCAGUAAUUAAAUGAUAUAUAUCUAUAUUCCUCUUAUUAUAAGCUUCAUUUUAACCUUUAGAUUAUUAUUGUACGAUUUACUGUUCAUAAGUUAUACUCAGUUUAUUGACUACUACCUCCCACGUUCACAGCCACUUCUUGGCUUGAUCUUGUACAAAUAUUAUUUCCUAUUUUAUGGUGUAAUGUGCUCUGUUUGUCUUGUAUAUAAACCAGGUAUGUUUGAAAUAAAUGAUUCGUAUAGUGAAA